AUGGAGGUGGGGGGUUUACUGGAGGACUGCCUGAGGGCAGCAGCAUCUCGGCAGCCCCCCCAGGUCUCUGAAGAAAUGAGGCAGAACUACUGCAGCUGCAGAGACUCGCUGUGUGCAGAGCUUGCUUCUCUGCUGCAGGAAGCUGUGGAGAUGAAGUGGCCCUUUGUGCCAGAGAAGUGGCAGUAUAAGAAGUCAGUCAGUCAAAGUGACAAGACCAACCUCAGUGACCUCAUCAGCAAGCACCUUCACCAAAUCCUGGUUCUUCUGGAGGCAUCCAUCGUGGCUCAGGAAUCACAGUCCGCACUGGCAGUGGUCUUCUUAGUGGAUCGCUUUAUCUACUGGACCGACGAAUCCAGCCGGCUGCUAAAGAUCACCAAGCUGCUCCACCGACGGCACCCAGACACCCCCAUAGCCCCUCAGUUGGUCAUCCGGCAAGCCCGGGUCUAUCUUAACUCAGGAAAACUUCAGAAGGCAGAAUACAUCCUGAGCAGUUUGAUUAAUAAUUGCGGAACAACAGGUUGUUGGAGCUACCAGUCUGACAGCGACAGGGCUCUUGUGCAGGCUGUUAGUGUUCAAGUACGUGGAAUGAUAUUGCAAAAGCUGGGCCUGUGGCUUCAGGCAGCAGAGCUGAUUUGGGCUUCUCUGGUCGGCUUUUACUCACUUCCUCAACCUGAUAAAAAGGGAAUUGGAACCUCACUGUGUUUACUGGCCAACAUAUUAGUGUCUAUGAAUGAUGAAGACUUCUAUCGUUUUAGAACCAAUCCAGAUUUUGAUUUUCAGUCUUUACUUGGGAACAGCAGUGAUCGUAUUCUUUCCGCCGCCCAUGCAGCCAAAAUGUCUGUGAUGUACAGUCAGUACACUCCACUGUAUGUGCUGACCAACGUGACAACUCAGGGAACCUGCCUGCUUUCAUACAGUUUCUCUUUAGCAUGCCCUCCUCCCCAAAGAGUGUCCUUUCUUCAACAGGCUAGAGAGGCCUUUGCCAUCGGCCUUCUCACCAAAGCAGACAGCGAUCUGGUCACAAGCCAGCAGGAACUUCACACUUUCCUCAAGGCGGCCUAUUCUAUCACUGUCACACACAAAUGGCUUGGCACCCCUCAGGAGGUUGUGACCAAGGCUGCUCAAGCUUGUCAAAAAGCUUUAGCUAACCUCUACAAUUACUCCUGUGCCAUGACUCAGGACAAAGAAGACCUCUGUGCUGAGAUCAUGCGUCUGGUUGGACAAGUAAAGGUUCUGUUGGGUGUGGCUCCAUUCCCCAAUUCAGAGAAGGGAUCUUUCAUUCCAGACAACUACAGAAAUAUCAAAGGCUCCUCUGUAAACUUCACCCUGGCAGCAUUCUCAAAGAUAAUGCAAAGAUUUCAAAAAUACCACGCGUCCCUGUGCAAGACCACUGCCAGAAGUUGUAGGGGGACUAAAGACGAUACAGAUGGGGCGAAGUUAUGUUUAACAGCUUUGGGGACAACCAUUGAGACGCUCAACACAGAAUGUAGAGCUGAAGUAUAUCAGCCUCAACAGAAAGGCUCAAAUCCAUCCAGUGGACAUCCUUCUGACUUUGACAUGUGUCCCACAAUGGAAAGCUCAGACCAGCUCGGCUCUUCGUGGCAGAGACUGUCUAUGAGUAGUUCAGGUUUUCCUCGGCCCCACGGACACGGAGAAAACAUGAGUAAUCAGAGCUGUAUUGCCACCGAAUGUGAUGACAACAUAUUAGCAGAUAACAUGAAAGGAAGGCAGCAUGGACAAGAUUCUGGUGUCAGUUCCCUCGCUGGUCCAAGGUUUACAGUAUCCUCCAAUUUUUCUUCCAAAGAUUUGAAUGAAUUAGAAAAGUUUGAAGAGGAACAAGCUGUAAACGAGACAGUGGACACUGAGGGGGACUGGAUGGCUGAUGUUGUCGCACAGAAACAAGAAACUGAAGGAAUUUGGGAUUCUCUUUCCAAACUGAAUCUCAAAACAUCAUCCAGCUCCCUCGGUGACAGUUUUGGUUCUCAUUCGUCAUGGGAAAAGAUCUCAGCUGGUGAGAACUCUCCCACAUGUGGAAAACCACAACCAAGUCAUCUGUCAAGACCUGGAAUGGGCAGAAUCAGCAAAUCACCAAAUUCAAACGAGAACUUCUUUAUUACGGAAACAGUUGAUUCUGAUUUCACCACUGACAAAAAGAAAAAUCUGUGCAAAGUCAGUGCCUUAUCCAUGCCACAACCUCAGGAAAGCGGCAAUAUUUACUCAAACAUGGAGACAGAAUUUGAUCCAAAACCUGUAAAACCUGCAACCACCAGGUCUUCAGCAGUCCAAAACAAAUGUUCUCUGUCUGUCUUGGACCAGUGUGAACUCACAGAGAGCUCCACUGACAAUUCAUUUGAGUUACUGGAGGUGGAUCAAAAUGGCCCCCAGCUCAAUGAACCAACUUCUACAGAGAAUGCACCUGAGAGGAGGAAUCCUCUGUGCUACAUCUGCCUUAACCACAACACAGCAGCUGCUGUUGGUUCUGUCAAACAGUUUUUGUUGUCCAAGCAAGAUUAUCAAGCUCUGAUGGCCGGUGUUUGCCAAGAAUGCCUACUGACGAGGUUUUACAGCGACAAGAUUCAGUUUGAACUCAACUGCAACAAAGCUGCCCAUGAUGCUCUUCAUUUAAAGUUCUCCAAGGCCACAGGUCUCUGGACGGCAAAGGAGACAUGUGUUUACAUUGGGGCGUCAACAGGGAUGAAGGGCAAUCAGAGAGAAGCAAUAUGGGUCCAGUUUUUGCACCAGGAGGAGAGAUUAAGCAGUUAUGUGGGGAAAAAUUACUUGAAGCCAAUGGGAGUCCAGUUCCACCUGAAAGACGUGGAGAGACAGAUGACAGCCCAGUACUAUGUGACAGAAUUCAACAAGAGUCUCUACGAUAAAGAAGUCAUGGCUCAGAUCUUCUUCAUUCCCUCAGAAGCCCUUCUGAUUUUAAAUGGAGAUGAGAUUGUGGGAUGCCUGACAGUGGAGCCGUAUAUGCUCGGAAAGUUUGUCAAACUGACCAACAACACCAGAGAGAAGAACAAGACUUUUCAGGCUACAGAUUAUGGCCUUGCCUUUGGACACUUUACCUACAUGUUCUCUGGGGGUCGGGAAGUUGUUGUAGACUUGCAAGGAUGGGUAACAGCCAAUGGGAAAGGUCUGACUUACCUCACUGACCCACAAAUCCACUCCACCAGGACCCCAAAAGGUCUGGGGAAUUUUGCUGAACGUGGGAUCACCAUGUUUCUGGAGCAGCAACAUGGACCAGAGUGCAAUGCAAUUUGCCAGCUGCUCAAAUUGCCUCCAGUAGCCAAACAUGUUCUUCUUUAG